AUGACAAUCAACAAUGAAUCAAACGGAUCUGCAACUAAUGGGGCAGCCAUUAUUGAUCCUCGGGUUGCCACUAUGCCUAGCGCCCCGGAGAAACUUGCGCAUUUGCAGAAGGAAAUUGAAACACAUUCCCAGGCCUACAGCAAUGGUGACACUGAUGCGCGCCUGAAGCUUCUGGAGACAGCCCGGUCUCUCGUACAGGCAAUGGAAACACCCCAGGAGACCAUGCUGCGAUACUGCUGGGCCCAGCCUACAGCGUUCGCCAGCAUUGAAACCUGUAUCGAUCUGGGGAUCUUCUUCAUAUUAGCACAGACCAACAAGCCAAAAACAGUGGCAGAGCUUGCAGCAACAACAGGCGCGGAACCCGAACUUCUUGGUCGUAUCAUGAAGCAUCUUGCCACAAUGGGGGUCUUUGUCGAGACUGGUAUGAAUGAGUAUGGCCGCAACGGGCUAACUACCACAUUGGCUAUGAAGCGGUACAAUGAUGCCUGGCCAUGCAUUACUGGAUGCACCCUUCCAGCAGCCAAUGCACUGCCCACCUGGCUCAAGAAAAACGAUUAUCGAAGUCCCACCGACGGAAAGGACUGUCCAUUUACUCUAGGAUUUAAAACCGAUUGUCACUUCUUCGAAUUCCUCAACGGCAAGAAUCCCGAUUAUCCCGAACUUGGCGCUCAAUUCAACAAUCUCAUGUCGGCGUACCACCAAGGUAGACCCAGCUGGAUGGAUGGAAACUUCUACCCCGUACAAAGUCUCAUCGACGGAGCCAAGACCGGCGAUGAAGACGUUUUCAUCGUGGAUGUUGGUGGAAAUAAGGGACAUGAUCUGGAGGAGUUCAUAUCGAAGUGGCCCAACACACCGGGCAAGUUGAUCUUGCAAGACCAGCCGCAAGUUUUGGAAGAUAUCGAGUCGUUGAACACAGCAAUUACACCAAUGGUCCACGACUUCUACGAGGAACAGCCUAUCAAGGGUGCGCGAGCAUAUUUCCUACACUCCGUCCUGCACGACUGGAAUGAUGAAACGUGCAAGAAAAUCCUGUCCCAAUUGGCCGCGGUGAUGACACCCGGAUACAGCAAGUUGCUGAUCAACGAGAAUGUGGUUCCCAAUACCGGGGCCCACUGGCAGGCUACUUCUCUGGACCUAAUAAUGAUGAUAGAUCUUGCUGCCAAGGAGCGGACUGAACAGCAGUGGCAUGAAGUUAUUGAACCGGUUGGUCUCAAAAUUACUAAAAUCUGGACGCCGCUAGAUAGUGUUGAGAGUUUGAUAGAAUGCGAGUUGGCAUAA